GUCAGCAGACUAUAUUUUGAACAUUUCUAUUUUGGCAUUUUGUUAGAAAUUGUAGUGGCGCGGAAUUGCUGAAUUGAUUGAAGUGAAGGACUAAAUCAAGUGAAAUUAAAUUAAGAAUGUCUUCCUUUAAACCGAAAUUAGGAGACGGCUCCAUAAUAUUACCACAAGCACGAGUAAAAAUGAUUAUGAAGAGUUCCCCAGAUACUGAGAGCAUAUCCACUGACGCAUUAUACUUUGUAACAAAAGCAACGGAGUUUUUUGUAGAACAUUUAGCCCAAGAGAUUUAUGAAAGUACCAAAAAGUCAAAUGAGCUUACUUACAAAGGUCUAGCUGACAUUGUUCAAAAAAGUGAUUCUAUGCAGUUUCUCAAAGAUAUGGUUCCUAAGAAAAUAACAUACAAGGAAUAUCAAGAAAUUCUGAAGGAAAAAGGAAAUGGUGACUUGUUUUGAGUGUUUAUUCAAAUUCAUUUCUGUCUUCAACAUUACUUGCUCAUAUUUAUAAGUGUUCCACUAAGGAAAGUUCAAUUUCAAAUACAUUGAUUGAACCCA